AUGUCUGCUCCGUUCAAUCUCACGUCACGCUCUCGGAUAGUAUCAGGCGUGACGACCUCGCAGGCCGAAGCACCGAAGAAUUACGUGGAUUACGAUGACGAACCGGAUAAGCUCAAGGGCAUCCUCGCCAACAGCGGUGUCCGCGAACACUCCGUGCUCGACGGGAUAAUGCCGAGCUUCAAACCAGACCUUGCCAUCGGCAGAACGAGCCCUCCCUCGAAGCAAUCGACGCUUUCGCCUAGCGCAUCUGCGGGAGAAAGGUCCAGAUUAAACCGUCAGCCCACUUCUCUACUCUCGGCGACGCACUCUCCAGCGUUCUCUGUCCAAUCUCUUUCACCUCCGUCUUCGCCGGACGGAGCGGGCACAACCUUCGUGGACGUGCCAACGGAGCAUUCUUCUCUGGCCCUUAAAUUCCAUGCAGUACCGGCGCGGACGGGUCCCGGUUGUGGGGUUGUUGCAAUGCAUCUGCUUCCCAAGACUUCGUCCAUUCUGGUUUUGCAAGAGAACGGUGAUUUAGCAGAUAUAUGCUUGGACGACGGCAGUUCGCGUGCGAGCGUUUCAGCCGGUUCGGAGCGCGACGAACAUGCAUGGGAAUGGCACAAUCUUCAUGUCGUAGAGCAAGAACCUGGGAUGCAAACCGGCGACACCAUAUGUAUUGCAUGCGGACGCCAAGACGAGUUGUUCACGGCGUUAGAUUCUCAAGCACAUUCUCAAGCUGAGAACACGACGCGGAUCGUUGUCUUUAUGCAUCGUGCGCAGGAAGAAAGCAACGUUGACCCGCCAACAAUGGACAAAAUCGGCGAGUGGUAUAUAGCCGGAGCAACGGAAGGAAUCGCGCUACACAGGGCUGGCCACGGUUCUUUGUCUUUAAUCUACGUCAAUGCGUCUGGAGACCUCGUAUCACGUCCAUUCAUUCUCCAGCCCAAGGAACCCGCGGCACCGGCAACUAGCUCCGGGCCGAAGACGCAUGCCGAAUCGAUGUCAGAUGGGCACCAUUUGACCCUGCCCAACCCGUUCAAGGUUUUCGCGUCCCGUUCUGCCGAAGAUGUCGUCUUGCUAGAGAAAAACCGGGACGCCGACGACGAUGCUUCGGAAGUAGAGCUGGGCUCGGAUACCGUAUUUGGCAAAGUACUGGAGGAAGGCGAUGCUCUCGAGGCUUGCGUCCGGAGUCGGAGUUAUGAUUACGGCUCAAUUUGCCUCGUAUGGAGUCGCAACCUUCCAGAACAUCUGUCGGGCUGGGAACUCCGUCAAGGGGAGUUGACCAGAGUAUUUGAGACGACUGUCCCAUCAAUUCAAGAUGUCCAAUUCAUCAACGAACGACACUAUGCAUUGGUCUAUGAUGACCACGCUGACGUGUACAGCCUAGAACACGAUUCCUCGACCAGCUCGACCAAGUCGGAAGGAUCAAUCAAAUCGUCCGAACUUCCUGUCCAGCAAAUCUCUUUCCUACCUACAAAGUCUGACAGCGUCGAGCUGGUGUCGCCAUACCAAGCGCUGUCCACACGCAUCACGAGGAAGGCGAGGAGGAAAGUGCAGCUCUACGCUGUCAACAGCGAACAAUCUCCCUCGCAACCAACCGACAAGUCAACGAAAGGGACUACACGGAGCCUUGUGGCCACGCUCUGGCGGUCCGCAUCCUUAACGUCCUCCAACACGAUCAAGAUCCCUGUGGUAACGGCGAUGCUCCCUGUGGAUGUCAACGACAUCAUCUGCGGUUACGACGAUGGAUACCUUCGUCGUACCUCUAUUCCGAAGCUGGCCAACGGUCCCAAUACCUCAGACCCUGCAUCUCUCGUGUCGGAUCUUCCUUUGCAAGGCUAUAUUACAUCCUUGCACCAGACCAGGAAUGAGCGUACUGGGGAGCGCCUCAUAUUCCCGAGUCGUGCAUAUACUCAGCCCGACACCAACAGUGAUCUGAAGAUGUUGGCGAGGUGGACUCUGUUCGUGGUGCCACUGAAGAUCGUCAUACAUAUCGGGGACGCAAAGCUUGGACGCGCUCGGGGAUGCAUUCUGUGCGUAUCUCAAGAUGGUACCAUUGGCACGAUCGCUCUUGACGGGUAUCAAUUUUUGUACCUUGUACCUGGAUCCGAGGCACCGCUAACUCGAGCAUGCCUUGGGGAAGGCAACCUGCUGCUGCUCUAUGCUGACGGUCGGGCUCGUUUGUGGGACACAAACACGCUGGAGUUUUGGCGGUCCAUGUCGCUCGAGAAAGCCGAGGAGAUGCUCAAGCAGAGCGAUUGGGUACAAUGGUCUAUCGAGGACGUCGAUCCUAGUCGGAAUACGUAUCAAGUGCUCCGGACACCGUGUAGCUCUGCGGACGCAGCCUCAACGUUGCUCGUUGACGUCUCGCAAUUGUUGUCUACAAGCUCUGGAGGCGGCAAGUUGAUGUUGGAGACGAUACGCUGUAUCCUCGGCAUGCUCAUGACUCCCGGUCUCAACGUGGAGAUCGACCGCAUAUGCCGAGAUAAAUUGGGCGUAAAACCUGUUGGCAUACCUGUUGGGCGCUCACAUGGUCGAUCGGUAUGCCUUCCGUUCGCUCACGCCCCCGAGGAUACGUGGAGGAUAUCACCGGAAGCAUCGGCGACGCGUUUGCUGGCGAUUGUCUGCCUCUUACGAAUGUUGUCCUCUCACGAAGGAAUGGCGCAUGACGCCAGUACCGUCCUUGCAUUCUAUGCCACUUCUCUGGCUGCGCCGGUGGGCCCGUCUUAUCGACGACCGAGCAUUGUAUUCGUAGCCAACCUCUGGCUCGAUGCAUCGGGAGAGCUUCGACAAGCCAUCCGCGUUGUCAUGGAUGCAGAAAUUGCUGCAUUGUCAGAUGAUGAAACUAUGUCUCUUGCUGACGACUGGGCGCACCACCUGCCUAACCUUCAGCCGGACGCAACGAAACAUUCACGGAUAGCGGCCGUGGCAUUGCUGAUUUGCGGAUCCAUCGCUUCCGAGAAGUACAGCCUUCUGUCCACAAACACGCUAUCAGACGUGUCGAAGUCCAUCGCCGCCUACCUCCACGACGAGGGCUCUCCCCAUCGCGCCCUCGCCAUCGAGCUUUGCGCGCGUGGAUUCGACACGUGGCAGCACUACGUCGAUGCCAUGGCAUUGCUCCGCCGUCUCUUCGCAUUAGCCACCACCUCGUCCAAGGACAGCAUCACGCCGCAGAACGUUGGUCCUCAGGCGCGGCUGGCGGUGCUUCACCUGGCAGGCACGAAUACGCCCCUGUUCAUGACCACGCUCUCUUUGGAGAUUCUGCACCCGCAAAGCAUUCCGGAUAGCAAGGCGGUGAUGCAGAUGGUGGCGUUCCUCAUCCGGAAGAAACCGCUCAUCAUCCUGCCGAACCUACCGCGCCUAGUGGAAGCCGUCAUCAAAUCUCUGGAUCCCAGCCUCACGGCCAAUCGCGAAGCGGUAUUCGAUGCUGCCACUGAGAUCUUGGGUCAGGUGGUCCGCACAUUCCCCACCGUCGACUUUCAUAUGGGCACGCAACGUCUUGCUGUUGGCACUUCCGAGGGCGCCGUCGUCAUGUACGACCUCAAGACGGCGACCCGCCUGUACGUGCUGGAAGGCCACAAGAAGCGACCGGCGGGCCUCAGCUUCUCGCCCGACGGCCGGAGACUGGUAACGGUCUCACUCGACGAGAGUGUCGUGCUCGUGUGGAAGGUCGGAAGCAGCUUCACCAGCCUUUUCAACCCAGGAGCACCUCCGAGGCAAGGCAAGGGCGGCUCGGACCCCUUCAAGACUUUGCCCUUCAACGUCGGGGAUCAAGCUCAUAUGUCCCUGGCUGCAACUCUGGAUCUUAUCCGCUUCGAAUGGCCCUCGGAUCGUAGUGUGAAGCUAAAAAUUCGAGAUAGCACACUGACGUUCAGCACAUAG